GGAUGUUGGACGGGCGGCUGCAAUAUGUGUCCAGAGUGCAGGGUGUGGACAGACGCAGCACUGCAGGAGAUGGGAGCAUGCAGGGACCCAUCCCUGCUCCAUCUGCACCAAGAAGUGCUGCCCAGAGAGGAUGAAGCAGCAGCACACGGGGUGCAGAAUAGGGCUCCCCAUCCCAGACUGUCUCUCUGCAUGGGGACACUGUGCUCACCUCAUGCCUUCCACAGGAGCUGAAGGAUGCAGGGACACAGCAGUGCUCACCGGUACGGAUCUGCAGCUGCUGCUGGAGGAGCCACUGCCACGGGAGUGGAUAGCUGUUAUUUGGAAAGUGGAGCUGGGGGCAGAACCCCGGCAGCGCAUCCUGACGGUUCAGAAGGAUAAAGUUGAAUAUUCAAACAGUUCUCUUUCUCGGAGAGCCAUCUUCCACCGGGAGCCCCUCUCCCUGCAGAUCACUGUUGUCACCCAAGCAGACAACGGCAACUAUUCUGCAGAGAUCGAAAAGUCAAAUGGGUCUGUUUUGACCAAGUGCUUCCACGUGUCAGUGUGGGGUGAGUGCCUGGACCUCCUGCCCUCCUCCCUCCCCAUCCCCUCUAACCUCUCUGUCCCUGCAGAGCCUGUGGGCAGCCCACACCUGGAGACACGCGUGCUGCAGCAGGAGCAGGGACGGUGCAGCUUCCAGCUGUCCUGCACUGUGCCUGAGGCCACCGCCGUGUCCUACAGCUGGUUCCGUGACUGGGAGCCACUGGGCAACCAGAGCGUGCUGGAAGUGCCCAAAGAUGUGCAGCCUGGGCUCUAUGUCUGCAAUGUGAGCAACCCGGCCAGCUGGAGCACGGCCAGCAUCGACACGGCCACAGCCUGCAGCCAGACAGGGCUGUUUGGUGCCAUCCCGUGGUGGGCAGUGACCGUGUUGCUGGUGCUGGCUGUCUGCAUUGCUGGCUCCACUACCUACUGGUGCUGGAGGAGGAGGAGGAAGGACCACCCUGCAGCUCCGACCCCUUCAGCUCCCCCAGAACACACAGAGCCAUCGCUGACUGUCUAUGAGGAGGUGGGCAAACUCCAAACUGGUCAAGAGCCUAAUGGGAACAGUGAGGCUCACAUGGUGGGAAACACCGUCUACGCUGUGGUCAACCCCAAAGGACAGAGGCCCAGAAGCCCUCAAAAACCCGAAAGCUGCACCAUUUACUCCACUGUUCAGCACAGCAUGAAGUCCCCCUCCUUCAAGAGGAAGAAGUUGGACCGAGCUUUGGUUUCCACUGCCUACAUGGAGGUAACGGGCACAGGGCAGCGGACAGACGAGCCCUGCACAUCUCCUCUCCAAAUACCACGCUCUUGAGCUUCUUGGUGCUGGAAUUUGGGUGACUUUCUGGGUGACGGCACCUUUGAGACAUUACCCCUCCUCUCAGAGCUCAUCCACAUCUCCCACGGACCUCCAAAACUCCUGAGCCCUGCAGGCACUUGGAUUCCCCCCCCUUCUGCAGCUCGGGGACUCAUUGGGGAUGGGAAACAUCUGGACUUGGGUUUUGCUAACACCACAACCACCCCCUAUCCUGACUGCUGCUGAGGGUUCAGCCCUGCACCCAACGGUCCUUCCUUCCUCCGACGCCCUCCGACGGCACGAGAGGCUCCGGGAAGAGGGGAGGGGGGAGAGAAAGGGGACUCUGGCUUCAAAAAAUCGCACCAAAGGCGAGAUCAAGGCUUUUAUUUGGGAUUAAAAUUAAACGUGUCUCUUUGAUGGGAGCUCACUCCCGA